GUCAGUGUGCUCCCACAGUGGGAGCGCCACUCAGCCAGAAGCCGAGCUCAUGGCUGGCGAGCACAGCAGUGGUGGCAGGAGCCUCUCCUGCCUCCAAGGCAGUGCUAAGGAGUGGUGAGCCAAAUGUCAUGACGCUGAUCUGAAGACAAUAACAAUUUGGUACUAGAAGCACAGAAUGCCAGCCCCGGAAAGGACCUCACUUUGAACACAUCCAAACUACUUCGAGGAAGCCAAAGGCCAAAGAGGAAAGCUUCCCCAAAUGUCUACUUGUCCAACUACACCCGGAGAGUUAGUGAAUGAAGGCUUAGAAUGACAGCAGGAUUGAAGUAGAAGAGGAAGUGAAAUAUAUUGCAAAGGCUGUCACAGAAAAGAGAGGAGGUACAAGACAACAAGAGAAAUAAUCUUAAGAAAUGUCAACGAUUGGGAAUUUUGAAGGAUUUCAACCCGUGUCUCUGAAACAAGAGGGAGAUGACCAACCCUCAGAGACUGAUCGACUGUCCAUGGAGGAGGGAGAUCCAGGCAAGGACCCAGUACCAAAGCAGAUUUCAAAGCAGCCAAGUGUCACCGAAUCAACACUCUACCCCAAUCCUUAUCAUGGGGCUAAUGUCUCCCGGAAGUACUUCGUUACACGGCCGGGGACCAUUGAGACUGCCAUGGAAGACUUGAAAGGCCACAUAGCCAAGACUUCUGGAGAGAAAAUUCAAGGCUUCUGGCUCUUGACAGAGAUAGAUCACUGGAACAAUGAGAAGGAGAGGAUUUUGGUGAUCACAGAUAAGACUCUCUUGAUUUGCAAGUAUGACUUCAUCAUGCUCAGCUGUGUGCAGUUGCAGCGAAUUCCCCUGAGUGCUGUCUACCGCAUCUGCUUGGGCAAGUUUGCCUUCCCUGGGAUGUCCCUGGACAAGAGACAAGGAGAAGGCCUUAGGAUCUACUGGGGGAGUCUGGAGCAGCAGUCUCUAUUGUCCCGUUGGAACCCAUGGUCCACUGAGGUACCUUAUGCUACCUUCACUGAGCAUCCUAUGAGAUAUACCAGUGAACAGUUCCUUGAAAUUUGCAAGCUGUCUGGGUUCAUGUCUAAGCUUGUUCCAGCUAUCCAGAAUGCCCUGAAGAGUUCAAGUGGAUCUGGAGGAGGAAAAGGACUGAUGGUGUUAACUGAACCCAUUUUGAUUGAGACCUACAUGGGACUGAUGUCAUUCAUUGGAAACCGCAACAAACUUGGCUAUUCCCUUGCCCGUGGGAGUAUUGGUUUUUGAAACUCUUUUUGAUGUAUAAGUAUAUCAUUCAUAGAUAUACCAUUAUUGAAGA